AUGUGUCAUAAGCUUCUAACAAUUACAUUUGACAAUGCAAGCUCAAACAAUGGUGUCAUUAAUUUCUUGAAGUGGUGGACCAAAGAUAGGAAGAAUACCAUAUUAGAGCAUGAGUUUUUACACGUGAAAUGUUGUGCCCACAUAUUGAAUUUAAUUGUUUGUGAGAGCUUGAAAGAGAUUGAUGACUCAAUCACAAGGAUCCGUAAUAUUGUGAAGUACGUGAAAUCCUCUCCAUCUAGGAUGGCCGAAUUCAAGUUUUGUGUUAAAUUAGAGCGCAUUGAGUAUGAGGGUCAACCUUGUUUGGAUGUGGCUACUCGGUGGAACUCCACAUAUUUCAUGUUAGAAAGGGCUUUACAAUUUCAAAAGGCGUUUGAGCGGUUGGAAGAUGAUGACAAUUUUUUCCAUUUGAAAUUGAAAGAGGAUGAGAUUGUUGAGGAGGUUGGUGAAGGUGGUGAGGGUGUUGUUGGUGCUGGUAGGGCUAACAGAAACCUUAGAAUCCCAAAAAGAAGAUCUGGAGGAGUUGAGGAGUUCCGACAAGUGAUGAUUGGAUGA